GGCCCCGCCUCUUCCGGGCCUCUCAGGCUGGGCCGCCGCCUCCUCCUCCUCUCUCGCUCGCUCUCUCCCUUUUGUGAGUUAUAGCAACCGUUGCCUUGUGAAUCAAGCGCCAUAGUCACCGUAGUCCUGGCGACUGUUACCCAUCAACAACAACCGCUCCUCUCCUCCUCCUCCUCCUCCUGCUGCUGCUCCUCACCCCCAUCCUCACCCCCUUCCUCAUCAUCACCCACAACAACAACAGCCACCAGCAAGAGCAACAACAACAGCAACACCACAGCCCUGCACAGCCCAGAGACCACGAUGCAGACAUCAGAGACUGUGUCGGACACAGGUUCAACAGUGACUUUACAGACAUCUGUGGCUGGCCAGGCAGCAGUGCCCACACAGGUAGUACAGCAAGUACCGGUACAGCAGCAGGUACAGCAGGUGCAGACCGUGCAGCAGGUACAGCAUGUCUACCCAGCACAGGUGCAGUAUGUGGAGGGAAGUGACACGGUCUACACAAAUGGAGCUAUCCGAACAACAACUUACCCUUAUACAGAAACCCAGAUGUAUAGCCAAAACACCGGGGGGAAUUACUUUGAUACUCAAGGAGGUUCUGCACAAGUGACAACAGUGGUCUCAUCUCAUAGUAUGGUGGGCUCUGGAGGGAUUCAAAUGGGUGUCACAGGAGGACAACUCAUUAGCAGCUCUGGAGGGACCUAUCUGAUUGGCAAUUCAAUGGAAAAUUCUGCUCAUUCAGUGACUCAUACAAUGCGGGCCUCCCCAGCUACAAUUGAAAUGGCGAUUGAGACACUGCAAAAGUCUGAUGGUCUGUCCACUCACAGAAGCUCUCUUCUCAACAGCCAUCUCCAGUGGCUCUUAGACAACUAUGAAACAGCAGAAGGAGUCAGUCUCCCCAGAAGUACGCUUUACAAUCAUUACUUACGACACUGUCAGGAGCACAAGUUGGACCCAGUCAAUGCUGCCUCCUUUGGAAAACUCAUAAGGUCAAUUUUCAUGGGGCUACGGACCAGGAGACUAGGAACCAGGGGGAACUCCAAAUAUCAUUACUAUGGGAUUCGUGUCAAGCCAGAUUCUCCUCUUAAUCGGCUACAAGAGGACAUGCAAUAUAUGGCUAUGAGACAACAACCCAUGCAGCAGAAACAGAGGUACAAGCCUAUGCAGAAAGUGGAUGGCGUUGCAGAUGGUUUCACAGGAAGUGGUCAGCAGACAGGCACAUCUGUUGAGCAAACUGUAAUUGCCCAAAGUCAACAUCAUCAACAGUUUUUGGAUGCAUCUCGAGUACUUCCAGAGUUUGGAGAAGUUGAAAUAUCUUCUUUGCCAGAUGGUACUACGUUUGAGGAUAUCAAAUCACUGCAGAGUCUUUAUAGAGAGCACUGUGAGGCAAUAUUGGAUGUUGUAGUGAACCUUCAGUUUAGCCUGAUAGAAAAAUUGUGGCAAACUUUCUGGCGCUAUUCUCCCUCCACUCAAGCUGAUGGCACUGCUAUUAGUGAACCGAGCAAUCUGAGUGAAAUAGAAAGUCGACUUCCGAAAGCAAAGCUGAUUACUCUGUGCAAAAAUGAGACUGUUCUGAAAUGGAUGUGUAACUGUGACCAUGUGAUGUACCAGGCUUUGGUGGAGAUUCUCAUUCCUGACGUCCUUAGACCUAUUCCUAGUGCCUUGACCCAAGCCAUUCGUAAUUUUGCAAAAAGCCUUGAAGGUUGGCUUUCCAAUGCCAUGAACAAUAUUCCACAGAGAAUGAUACAAACCAAGGUUGCCGCUGUAAGUGCCUUUGCCCAGACUCUGCGAAGAUACACAUCUCUUAAUCACCUGGCUCAGGCAGCUCGUGCUGUGCUUCAGAACACUUCUCAAAUCAACCAGAUGCUCAAUGACCUCAACCGUGUUGAUUUUGCCAAUGUCCAGGAGCAGGCUUCCUGGGUAUGCCAGUGUGAUGACAACAUGGUUCAGAGACUAGAAACCGACUUCAAGAUGACUCUUCAGCAGCAGAGCACUCUGGAGCAGUGGGCUGCCUGGCUCGAUAACGUAAUGAUGCAAGCAUUGAAACCAUAUGAAGGAAGACCCAGCUUUCCUAAAGCAGCACGGCAAUUUCUGCUAAAAUGGUCUUUCUACAGCUCAAUGGUUAUUCGAGACUUAACCUUGCGCAGUGCUGCUAGUUUUGGCUCUUUUCAUCUGAUCCGCCUGCUUUAUGAUGAGUACAUGUUUUACUUAGUAGAACAUCGUGUUGCUCAGGCAACAGGAGAAACACCUAUAGCAGUUAUGGGAGAGUUUGGCGACUUAAAUGCUGCUUCCCCUGGAAAUAUGGAUAAAGAUGAGGGCAGUGAAGUUGAAAGCGAAAUAGAUGAAGAGCUAGAGGAAUCUGGAGAGCCACAAGCCAAGAGAGAGAAAGCUGAGCUAACCCAGGCAUUUCAGGUGGGCUGCAUGCAGCCAGUACUAGAGAGUGGAGUACAGCAGAACCUCCUGACCCCACUUCACAAUGAGCACAUUGUCACAAGUACUCAGACUAUCAGACAAUGCAGUGCUACUGGAAAUACAUAUACUGCAGUCUAACAAAUAUUAAAGCUUUUUUCCCCCCAGAUUACAUUAGCCCUGUUGAUGUUGGGCUUAAUAUGAAAAAACGAGAAUAAGUCUGAAGGCGACUGUUGUCAAAUUUUAGCUUUGCUGAACAUUACCUUUGUUGGAGUUGUGAAAUGGAAUGGGUGUAUGUAUUUUCCCAGAUCUGUUUAAAAAAAAAUUUUUGUAAACAAAAUCAUUUUACAUUGGUCACUCAAUAUUAAGAGUUUUCUUAGUUUCACAUGUCAAGAAGGAUUUUGCAAAGCUUACUAUUAAUGUUUUUGUCAUCUUAUAAUUAAAGUAAUUUAAUUUUUUCAUAGUUUUUUAAAAUAUGUUAAUGUUAAUUGUUAGUUAUGGUGAUGAUUUAAUAUACAUAGUUUUUUAAUUAGAUGCACUUCUGUGAAAUAUCAAAAGAAAUAUUUUCUUUGAUUUACACUGGAGGCAUAUUCAUUUGACAGCAGAUGCAUCAAAUUUGUCAUAAAAAGGUGCUUUUCAUUGGACAGAACUAGAAAACACUACUAUUUUGAUCAUAUUUCUGAGCAUUCAGUGGGAAAGUUUUAGGAAUUUUUAUUAUAAUGCUGGAGGGUUGAGAAGAUCUAUUGUUUUCUUUAUCUAAGGAAGAGUUAUGUUUCUGCAUUCAUGAAUGCAGACUAAAUGAGAGAAUGGUAAUGUGUGCAUAAUAAAUGUACAUAAUUAUCAGACCAUCAUGUAAACAAUGCAAGCUUCCAUUGAAACCAUCAGUUUUACAUUUUGUUUGCAUACCAGUUCCUCUGUUUGAAGACUACUGAUUCUAUAUUUGAGACCACUGCACAGAUGCUUUCAGCUGUUAAGUGGGACUGUAGUAGAUAGAUACUGAAGUUGAAAAAGAAGUGACUUGAUUUUUGUAAGUGUAUGUGCUACUUAUGCUGAACUGGACAUACAGGAAACCAUUCCAUCUGGAUGACUUUCUUCUAUUCCAGGUCUUUUUCCUACUAGUAGUUCAAUCUGCUGCUCUUAUAAAAGAUAACUUAUAGAAUGCAAGGAAUGUAGCAACCUGCAUCAUAUUUACUUCAAAAAUAUUUCCUAGUUCUUAAAGUAAGUGGAUUUAAAUUUUUACAAAAAUUAAAUAAGGCAGUGUAACUGGCACACCUCAUUUGUACUUAUUCCCAAUUGUGUAGAAUUUGAAUAGGUGGCUAGAUGGACCAUUGCCAUUUAAGAAUGUACAUCAGGGAUCAUUGUACCUCGGCUAUUACAUGGUGCCUUAAACAGAACUGAAGCUAAGAUUUAGUACUUUUUGUUAUUAAUAACUCUUAAAUUCAUUCAGCAAGGUGUGCCUGUCAUUUUCAAAUUCCCUAAGAAGUAAGGGCAGGUUACAUAUUCUUCAAAGAAAUAAAAGGAAAUUUUUUAUUACUAAAUGGUGUUAAUAUCCCUCUUAGAGUGACAAUAAACCUAUUUUUUCUUGUUUCUAGCUGAAUUUCACUUUAUUACAAAUGAGAUAUGCUUGGGGAUCUGGAAAGCAAAACUAGCUUUAAUGCCAACUUCAGAUGUUAACAAAGUAGGUUACCCCAGCCCCAAGCAUGGUUAUAUAUUUUCUAAACCCUUGUCUACUUUUAAUUUUAGAAAGUAAACAAAAUGAGCAGGUACUUAAUGCAGAGCAUGUUUUCAAUUUGUAUGUGUGGUGGGGUGUCAGUCUGCAAUUAUGUUUAAUGGCUAAAUCAUAGAGAAUGUGUGUACAUCCCAUUUUAAUUGACAUGAAACAUCUCACAGGCAUGUGUGAUUAUUUUAUACAUUUCAUUAUUUUUAAAACAGGCACACAAAUCUACUCAGUUCUAAUAGUGGAAAUAAGCAAGCAAAAAAGCCAAAAAUGAAGGAAAGUACACACACAAACAUUUCAGUUUUAUUGAGAGGGCCGGUUGGAAAAAAAACUAAUGAGUUAUUUAGUCUGGUUUAUUUAGUGUGUCUUUGGACUGAUCUUUUUUACCUGUACCAAAUGGCUGAACAGCAUGUGAGAUGAACAGUAUAUUUAUAGUAUACAUCUUUCUUGCUAGAGUUUUCAUAUGCUCCAAGAACUGAUACAGAUCAAGUAAAUUUUCUUAAUACACUAGUAAACAUUUUUAAUGUAUAAAAUAAGUAUAAAUUGUUUAGAGUUGUACUUUUCAGAAUUUGGGGCCCGAUUUUACAUGCUCUACAGCUCGCACCAGUCAAUGGGUGUUUUCCCUGAGUAGAGAGUGCAAGAUAGGGUUUAUGUCAUUUACAGUAUUUGAAAUUUAUGCAAGCUCUAGGUUUCAUAGGUUUUGUUCACCCAGAUAUUAUUUGCGUGUCCUGAUUUUUUUUCCAUCCAAAAGAGCAUGUCUGCACCCCUCAUUAAAAUAAAACUAAGCUGUGAUAAAUAUUUAUUCCCCUUCAUUGUGCAUUAUGAACUGUUUACAGGUUAAAUUAAAUAUAAAAAUAACAAAAUAUUUUCCAUUUUCAACAUAGUUUCUUUUAAUGCUUUAAUACUGAGGUUCUGAAUUGGACCAGAUAUAUUUACUGGUUUCAUCUUUUGUGUUGGCAAACCUUAAAUGUUUUCUUUUCCUUGUCCUGUAUUGUUUUAAUGUUGGAUUUGCUCAUGCUGAGAGAAAAGUGUGAUUGUAACAUGCAAAUUUGGAUUGCUAUCAGAGGUGGAGCCUGUAAGCCCUCCAUGAUUCAACUUCUCCCCCCAGUUGUUCACUGUUCCCACAGUGCAAAAAAUAAGAGUAAAUACAAAAAUGGAAUGUAUUUCACAGUUUGAACCAACAAUAAUUUUUAUGCCUUAGAUGAAAACUAGAAUGUUAGAUGAAUCUGAGAAUCUAACAUGCCAGAAAUCUUAAUUAACUAGAGGUGAUCUACUCCUUUUCUUUCUGAAAAAGAGUGUUAUUUAUCAAAAUAAAUUGGAAUCAUGGCGUGUUCAGUUAAUUGAAUGAAAUAGUUUGUAUUCCCAUGUUUAUAAUUUGAUUAUAGUGUCAAUUUUAAAUAACAUUUCCAUCACUUUCUUACAAGAUCUCUCCUUUAAUGAAGUAAAAUACUGUGUAAAUUUACACGUUUGGGUGGUGUUUGUGGGUUUGGUUUUGGUUUUUUACAUUUAAUGGAGUUGUAAUAAAUCAAACACUAUAUAUAUAAUCAAUCAAUUUGCACACUUUUGCUAUUUAUUAAUAUGUGGGAAGGGUUAAUGAUUUUUGGUAAAAACAGAGAUUUAAAACCGUGUUCCCAGUUCUGCAUCAUGUAGUAUGUGGCUAGACUUAAGUGCCAACCCUUAAGCCCACUAAUUUCAUUGGUGCUCUGUGGGAGUGCAGCAGUUUGCCCACAUGCUACAAAUUGCAGGGUCAGUGCCUAUGUGAUUUGUGGAUUUUAUCUGAUCCAGACACUGAUUUCAGAAUAAUUAUUUUAAAAAUAUCCCCCUCCCCCUUUAGCACAAAUAAUACAGUGAGCAAUGUGGGGGGUAUUGUUGAUCCACUUUCUCAAAACAUGGGGCCCAAUUUUCACAAGUUUUUAUAUGUAUGCAAAAUUGUUGGUACUUUUUCAUGUCUCUCAUUGUACACUAGAUUUAAAAUUACUUUUUGUCUCUCCAACUUGCUAUUCUUUUUGUGCUUACUCUUGUACUGUAGCAUGUUUAAUGCAUCUUUGUUUAGAUAAUAUUCCUUACACAACAUCUGGAGAAUAGUUUUAAAAUUGUUUACCUACAAAAUAAGCGAUGUGCAACAUUACUGCCUUGAGUUUCACAAAUGGGUAAAAUCAAUAAAAUGCUGGUGUAUUGUCAUUCAGGAAUGUAUAGGUCUAUAUACAAAUUUGUUUAAUUUAAAACGAGGUAUUUUUAAAUGUCUGAAACACUGCUAUGUUCAAAUUAUUUUCAUUUGAAGACCGUAUCUGAUAUCUUUGUGGUUCUUACCAGAUGUCAUCUGCACUGUUUAGGAAAACACGUAUAUUAGUUUAAAAUAGAUUGCAGUUGUUUCAUUUAGAGAAGUGGUUUCACAGAACAAAAAAAUCAUUUAUAGCCAUAAAAAGAAAUCAAUAAACUCUGUAAUAUUAGAACUCAUUUUUUACAGUAAUUUUAGAAUUUGAAAUAUUAAUUUGGGAGAGCAGUACUAAUUCCUGAAAAUUGGGCCCUUGUCUCUGUGGAACAGGACAACCUCUGUGUACAUGGUUAAGAUAAGUCAAUGAAUGGAAUUAUAGUAUCUCUGAUACUUUAUUUGGUGAUUUUAAAAAACUGGAAUAGAAGCAUAAACACAGUGCUUAUUUCUAGUAUUAGAAAAUUAAUUUGAUGUAAUGCCUUGCAUUAACCCUUUGAGCAUUGUAAGUCACAUGAUAAGGGGAAAAUCUUUUCAGGUAAUUUAAUUAUUAGUCUACUGAAGAUAUUGUAUACAUCUAAGUGUCUGGUUAUGUUGCAACAAAUGUUUUUUUCUAAAGUAAAUGCUUGCAUACUAUGUAGACUUUUCAAUUUGUUGUAGAAGGCUUGAUUGAUUUAGGCUAAAAUAUAUACUGCCAUCUAUGUGUACUGUCUACAGCAAAACAGUACUUCAGCUCCUUUAGUUUCAUAAUUCCGUAAAUAUUUAAUGAAGGAGUCAAAUAUAUGGUCCUAUAAAUACAAGUUGUGAAGUACUUAAAAUGCCUUUAAAAGGUGGGAAUUUAGCAAAAAGGGUUAUUUUUAGACUUUGAAAAUCUCAUUAGGGUAGCAUUGGAAAGCCCCAGUACUGUAAAUGGAAAUCUUUAGGAAUAAAAACAGAACAAAACUGUCAUAAUAAGUAAGGAUGAUUUUUGCAGGACAUUUGAGAUGUUUGCAGUUAAAUUUUCUGCACAAUCUUUUGCAUAAACAAUUGCAAAAAGAACAUAAUUUUAUUUAUACCACUUCAACAUUUUGUCACUGUGAAAUGGCAUAUGGAUAACAAAGAAGAUAGAGGCACUUGGUUCAAGUUCAUCUGUGAAAGCACUUUUGGAUGGCCCUUACUGAGUGUCAGAAUUUAAAAGAAAAAAAAAACAAACCUAUAAAUUUGCACCUGCAUUUUGGCAUCUGAAAAAACACCUUUUUUCUCACAAAUAAAUUGUGCAUACAAAAAUAAGGGCACAAAUUUAGAAGUGGGUGGAGACUCUGAAAAAAAUAGUUCUAAAUGUCACCUUACUAUAUGAGAAUAUUGUAGAUAUUGUACUGGUUCCCUGCAGUAUCAACCAGUGAUCACCAUUAUCUGCAGCUGUGCUUGCUUUAGUCUAGCUGAGUGCAAAAAAGUCUCAUAUUAAGAUGUUUAGUGGAAAUACAUCAGUAGUGUAGUGCAGAUAUGUUGUAAACUUUUUUUUAGUCAAAUAAACAAUGCAAAUUCAUGCAUAAUUAAUUAAAACAAAUGCAAUACUCAAAGGGUUUUAAUUUAACAAUUUUUUAUUCAUAAUUUACUGUAAAUGCUUCUCAGUUUGCAUGCCUUGAUCAUUGCUGCUAGUGAUUUUAUGUGCCAGUAGACCUGAGUUUAAUUUACCAAUUUUACUUAAAAAAUAGUAAAAGCCACUUACAAAGUGACUGCCUAUUUUUUGUUUGAAGUCAGAUAUGCCUUAUUUUCAAACAUUUGUUUUAACUCUUUUGUUUUGUUUGAAUUUUUUUAAAAAAAAUUAUGAUGAUGGGAUUGGAAGCCCUGAGUAAUGAAAUAUUUGGUAAGAAUUGUUAAUUUACAUCGAUUGUUAAGGGUGAAAUUCAUCCCAGAGAAGAAGGCCCAGCACAAGAUGGUGAGUCUCAUUUAAAUCACAGUUGGGCAUGUGCUUGAUUGCUUUCCUGAAUCAGGGCCUUGUUUAACAUGGGGCUCAGGUGGUGCAGAUGAUCUUGCCGGGGCUGUCGUACUGGGCUGAAUUUCACUCUAAAACAAUAAAAGACAUUUUCAGAAGAAUAUAGGAAUUGGGAGGAAUAACCUCCUUUGACUCAUGAUUAUCAGGGACCCGAUUCAGUACUCCAGGCUCAAGAAAAUUAACUACUGAAGUUAGCAGGAGAUUUUUUUUCAUAAGGAGUGCUAAAGGGAUCCCAUUUUCUUUGGCUGUCCCUCAGUGCGAGGAUGAUGUCUGCCAAGGGGUUCAUUGGUGAGUUUUUAAGUGGCUGAGGAGCCCAAGUAAAUUUUCCUUGAAUAAAAUAUUACGGUGAUUUGGCUUAUUUUUAUACAUUACAUAUAAAAUUAAAAUAACCCAGUAUAUAGAUUUUAAAUAUUUGUUGGUCAAAAAAGGUAUCAUUUUGUACCAAAGCAAGUUCCUUAUCCCUGUCCCAUCCCCACUUGUUGCCAUCAAAAAUUUGGAUUUACAGUAGUAACCAGCGAGACUGUUACAGAAACUUUAAGUGAGUGCCUUUAGAAAACUUGGAAAUUUGUGCCUGAGAUGGUAAACUUUUAAUUAGGUUAAUUGUAGUGCUUACCAAUCAGUAAAUUCUACUAUCACUCAGGGCUUUCUUACCUUCUAGGUAACUUCCUUCGUUGUGUUUAUUUUUAUUUUUUUUAAAGUGCCAUCAUUUAAAUUUCACUUAGUAAGUGGCAGAUUACAUUAUUCAGUCCCACAAGCACAGAAACAUUGUAACACUAGGAGAUAUUUGAACUUUUAUUUUCCAAUUGACUGAAUAUGUUAUGUAAAUGAGGUAAGCAACUUUUUUGUAGAUUGUAUGUGUGAGAUAAUGUAAUGUUCUUUUCCAGUUUUUGGAUUACAGUUAAAUAUACUUUUUAAUUAUUUAAAGAAAACAUCUUUACAGAAUAACGUGAUGAGUUUUUUGUAUAAUGUAUUUGAUUUUGUAAAUAUGUAUUUCCUGAUGUGAUUUUUGUGAGAAAUGCUAAAUCUUUUAGUAUAUCAUGUCCUCUCAAAAUUGGCAGGAGCUAAAUAAUAGUUUGUGGGCAAUUUGUAUUGUGUACUGUACAAUAACUGGGGAACUUUUAUAAUUAUAAAAAUAUAUAUUAACUUUUAGUGUGUUGUUUAAACAAAUGACUGGAACAUACUAAAGAUAGUAGGAUUUUUCUGAAUAUUUCAGACUUGAACUCAGGCUAGCUUUCUUGUGUUUUUCAAAAGAAAAUUGUGUCUUGUCUUUUAAAAAUCAAUAAAUUUGUUUUCUUGUUACAAACAAA